AUGGGUUUUGCUGGGACUAAGCGAUGGGUUUUGAGAACUCGUGAUACAGUGGCGAUGGAGGAACACCUCCAAGAAAAUGGUGGUUUAAUAGGUAGUCCAGUUUCCAAGCAAAUACGGUUAAUAAUGUCAUCAUCAUCCAAGCCUUAUCCCAACUAUAUGGGGUCGGCUAAAGUACGGACAGCUGCAGUCCUUCAAACGGUGAAAUGCACUCAAAUGCGGACUAGGUCACCUUCUUCAAACGAGGGGUUUUACAGGAGAGUUCUUCCAUCUCCCCCUGCAAUUGAGUUUGAUUCAAUUCAAGGGAAGCAACUCUUUGCUGAAGCUUUUCAAGAAGGACACAUGGAAGGAUACUUCAAGUUGAGCCCUUUCUAUCAAACACAAUCUGAACCUGCAUAUUGUGGACUUGCCAGCUUGUCCAUGGUCUUGAAUGCCCUCGGAAUUGAUCCUGGAAGAAAAUGGAAAGGUCCUUGGAGAUGGUUUGAUGAAUGUAUGCUAGAUUGCUGUGAAUCUUUGGAAAAGAUUAAAUCUGAGGGCAUUUGUCUUGGAAAACUUGCAUGUUUGGCUCAUUUUAAUGGAGCAAAAGUUGAAGCUUUCAGGACUAACCAAAGCACUAUAACUGAUUUCCUUAAAUAUGUCAUGACAUGUACUUCUUCUGAAGAUUGUCUUGUGAUUACUACAUUUUAUAGACCACAUCUCAAGCAGACCGGAUAUGGACAUAUUUCACCAAUUGGUGGAUAUCAUUCUGGAAGUGAUAUGGUACUUAUCAUGGAUGUUGCUCGCUUCAAGUAUCUUCCUCAUUGGGUUCCUCUUUCUCUUCUUUGGGAAGCCAUGGAUACCAUUGUUGAAACAACUGGGCAUCGUAGAGGGUUCAUGCUUGUUUCAAGGCCCCAUAAGGAACCAUCUCUACUUUAUUCCCUGGGUUGUAUACAUGAAACUUGGAUUGCUACUGCAAAAUAUUUAUUAGAUAAUAUUCCCUUUCUAUUGAAAUUGGAGGAUUUCAAAGAUGUUCAGGAAAUUCUCUCGGUCACGUUUGUGUCACUUCCAAUCAACUUUUGGGAGUUUAUCAAGUGGGUUGAGGAAUUUAGAAGACGAGAAGAGAGGACUUCAGUUUUGAGCAGAGAGAAGAGAAGACUUGCUAUCAAGGACCAGGUAUUGGGUCAAGUUCAUGAGACUGAGCUAUAUAAACAUGUUACUAAAUGGUUGUCUUCUAAACACUCACACCAGAUAAAAACCACAUCUUCUAAUGAUGCUACUAGUUGCGAUGGAUAUUAUUUGGCUAGCAGUGAUAUUCUAACUGUUCUAUUAUUGGCUUUGCCUCCAUGUACAUGGUCCAAUCUUAAAGAUGCAGAGUUGUUGAAGGAAAUUAAUAGUCUUGUAUCAAUUGGCAGUCUUCCCUGUACACUUCAAAAGGAGGUACUGAACUUGAGACAACACCUUCAUUUUCUCAUAAGAGAUCUUGGUACACCUACCUCGUAAACCUUUUAUUUCAGCUCUUGAUCGCUUAUCUUCUGGACAUGACUCAAGUAUUGUUGGAUUAUUUUAACCAUUUUGAACACCAGAUUAAUUGAAGUAUAUAUAAUAUAUAUAAUGAAGACAAACAUGCCAUCCAAAAGUGUUAGCACUGCUAGAAAAGUGUCAGAAGUUAGGGAUCUUGCCAAUAAAUGUAUUGAGGAUAACAGGUUGGUCAUAUUAGAUGCCGUCUCUCACCUUCUUCAAGCUCUCAUUACUCUUUGUCGACAGGAUUAUAUUAAUGUUCCUAUAUUGCGUUUGGAUUUCUGAUUGUAUGUGUUGGGAUUGGAUGAAUUGUACUUCUCUUGGUUUGGGGCAAGGCGGGCUAUGUCUUUCCCUG